GGUUACGGGGCGUUACAAGGGGGGAACAAGGGGUUACAGGGUGUUACAAAGGAUUACAAGGGAUUACAAGGGGUUACAAACGGCUACAAGGCGUUAGAGGAGGUUACAGGGAGUUACAAGGGGUUACAGGGGUUACAAGGAGUUACAAAGGGGUUACAGGGAGUUACAGGGAGUUACGGGGAGUUAAGACGGGUUACAAGAGGUUACAGGGGGUUCCGGGUGGCUACAGGGGAAGACGGAGGGUUACAAGGGGGUAACAAGGGGUUACAGGGGGUUACAAAGGAUUACAGGGGAUUUCAAGGGGUUACAAAGGGUUACAAGGCGUUAGAGGAGGUUACAGGGAGUUACAAGGGGUAACAAGGGGUGAAAAUGGGUUACAAGAGGUUAAAGAAGGUUACAGGGGGUUACAAGGGGUUACAGGGGGAAACGAGAAGUUACAACAGGCUAGAGAGGGCUACAGAGGGUUAAAAGGAGUUACCAGGGGUUAAAAGGGGGCUACAAAGGGUUGCAAAGGGUUAAAAGCGGUAAAGCGGUUUACAAGACGUUACAGGGGGUUGCAAGGGGUUACAAGGGGUUACAAAGAGUUACAAAAGGUUGCAGGAGGUUACAAGGGGAUACAAGGGGUUACAGGGGAUUACAAGGGGUUACAGGAGGUAACAGGAGGUUACGAGGGGUUACAGAGGGUUACAGAGGGUUACAGGGGGUUACAAGAGUUUACAAGGGGUUACAAGGGGUUACGGGGGGUUACAAUGGGUUACAGAGGGUUACAAGGCGUGACAAGGGGUUACAGAGGGUUACAAGGGGUUACAACGGGUUACAGGAGGUUACAAGGGGUUACCUGAGGUUACAUUAAUUUACGGGGGAUUAAAGGUGGUUACAAGGGGUUAAAAAGGGUUACAAUGGUUUACAAGGGGUUACAAUGGGUUACAAGGGGUUAAAGGGGGAUACAAGGGAUUACAAUGGGUUACAAAUGGUUACACACGGUUACACAGGGUUACAAGGGGUUACAAGGGUUUACAGGGGGUUACAAGGGGUUACAGGAGGAUACAAGGGGUUACAAAGGGGUUACAGAGGGUUAUAGGUGGUGACAAGGGGUUACAAGGGAUUAAAAGGGGUUACAGGGUGUUACAGGGUUUAAGGGGCGUUACAAAAGGGUUAUAAGGGGUUACAGGGGGUUACAGGGGGUUACAGGGGGUUACAAGGGAGACAAGAGGUUAAAUGGGUUACAAAAGGUUACAGGAGAUUACAAGGGGUUACAAGGGAUUACAAGGGUUCACAGGGGGUUAGAGGGGCUGACAAGGGGAUACAAGGGGUUACAAGAGGUUGCAGUGGGUUACAAGGGGUUACAGGGGGUUAAGGGGGGUUUUUAUGGGGUUUACAAAAGAGUUAUAAGGGGUUACAAGAGGUUACAAGUGGUUAGAGGGGGUUACAAGGAGUUACAAGGGUUAGAACGGGUUGGAUUGAGUUACAGGGGGUUACAAGGUGUUACAGGGGGUUACUGGGGGUUACAAUUGGUAACAGAGGGCUACAGAGGGUUACAAGGAGUUACAAAGGAUUAAAGGCCGUUACAAGGGGUUGCAAGGGGUUACAAGGGGUUACAGGGGGUUACAAGGUGUUAAAAAGGGUUACAGAGGGUUACAACGGGUUACAAGGGGUUACAACGGAUUACAAGGGGUUACAGGGGGCAACAGGGUGUUACAAGAUGUUACAGGGGGUUACAAGAGGCUACAAGGGAUUACAAGGGUUUACAGGAGGUAACAUGGGGUUACGAGGGGUUACAGAGGGUUACAGAGGUUUAUAGGGGGUUACAAAAGGUUAAAAGGGAUUUCAAGGGGUUUCAAGGGGGUUAUAGGGGAUGAAAAGGGGUUACAAGAGGUUACAGGGGGUUACAAGGGGCUACAAGGGGGUAAAAGGGGGUUAAGGGGUGUUACAAAAGAGUUAUAAUUGGUUUCAAGAGGUUACAGGGGGCUAAAUGGGGUUACAAGGGGUUACAAGGGAUUACAACUGGUUACAGGGGGUGACAAGCGGUUGCCAGAGGUUACAGGGGGUUUCAAGGGGUAACAAGGGGUUACAAAGGAUUACAGGGGGUUACAGGAGGUUACAAGGAGUUACAAAGGGUUACAGAGGGUUACAUGGGGUUACAGAUGGUUACAGAGGGUUACAACGGGUUACCAGGGGUUAAAAAGGGGUAACAGAGGGUUAUAAUGGGAUACAAAGGGGUUACAAGGGGUUACAAGAGUUAGAAUAGGUCACAAGGAGUUACAGGGGGUCACAAAGGGUUACAAGGGGUUACAGGAGAUUACAGGGGGUUACAAAGGGUUACAAGGGGUUACAGGGGGUUACAGGUGGCUACAAGGGGUUACAAGGGGUUACAAGGGUUAAAAUGGGUUACAAAGGGUUACAGUGGGUUGCAACGGGUUACAAGGGGUUAAAAGGGGUUAAAGAGGAUUACAAGGGGUUACAGGGUGUUACAAGGGGUUACAAGGGAUAACAGGGGCUUACAGGGGGUUACAAGGGGUUACAGAAGGGUACAACGGGUUACAAGGGAUUACCAGAGCUUACAAGGGGUUACAAGGAGUUACACCCCUUGUAACACCCGUUAACCUCCUUUAACCCCCUCUAACCCCUUUUUAUCCCCUGUAGCCCCUUGUAACCCCCUGUAACCUCUUGUAACCUAUUGUAACCCCUUUUCAUCCCCUGUAACCCCCUGUAACCCCUUGUAAUCCCUUGUAACCUCUUGUAACCCCCUGUAAACCUCGAAACGGGUUACAAGGGAUUAGAAGGGGUUACAGAGGGUUACAAGGGGUUACAGGGGUUUACAGGGGGUUACAGGAAGUGACAAGGGGUUACCAGAGGUUACAGGGGGUUACAACGGGUUACAAGUGGUUACAAGGGAUUACAGGGGGUUUCAAAGGGUUACAGAGGGGUACAACGGGUUACAAGGGGUUACAGGGGGUUACAAGGGGUUACAAGAGGGUACAAGGGAUUAUAAGAGGUUACAGGAAGUUACAGGGGGUUAGGAGGGGUUACAUAUGGUUACAGAGGGUUACAGAAGGUUACAAGAGGUUACAAGGGUUUACAGGAGGUAACAUGGGGUUACGAGGGGUUACAGAGGGUUACAGAGGUUUACAGGGGGUUACAAGAGGUUACAAGGGAUUACAAGGGGUCACAGGGGGUUACAGGGGGUGACAAGGGGUUACAAGAGGUUACAGGAGGUUAGAGGGGGCUACAAGAAGUUACAAGGGAUUACAAGGGUUUACAGGGGGUUAAAGGGGGUUAAGGGGGGUUACAAAAGAGUUAUAAGGGGUUACAAGAGGUUACAAGGGCCUACAGGUGGUUACAAGGGGUUACAAGGGGUGACAAGGGUUUCCAGAAGUUAGAAGAGGUUUACAAGGGGUUACAAGGGAUUACAGGGAGUUGGAGGGGGGUAAAAAGGGUUACAAAGGGUUACAGAGGGUUGCAACGGGUUACAGGGGGUUACAAGAGGUUACAGAGGGUUACAAGGGGUUACAGGGGGUUACAAGGGGUUACAAGGGAUUAGAAGGGGUUACAGGGGGUUACAGUUGUUGACGAGGGGUUAACAGAGGUUACUGGGGGUCAGAAGGGAUUAGAAGGGGUUACAAGGGAUUACUGGGGUAUACAGGGGGUUACAAGGGGUUACAAAGGGAUACUGAGGGGUACAAGGGAUUACAAGGGGUUACAAGGGAUUACAAGAGGUUACAGGGGGUUACAGGGGGUUACGAGGGGUUAUGAGGGGUUAAAUGGGUUAAAAAGGUUACCGGAGGUUGCAGGAGGUUACAAGGAGCUACAAGCGAUUACAUGGGGUUACAGGGGGUUACAGGGGGUAACAAGGGGUUAGAAUGGAUUAAAAGGGGUUACAGGGUGUUACAGGGGGUUAAGGGGGGUUACAAAAGGGUCAUAAGGGGUUACAAGAGGUUUGAGGGGUUUACAGGUUUUUAAAAGGGAAACAAGAGGUUAAGUGGGUUACACAAGGUUACAGGAAAUAACAUGGGGUUACAAGGGGUUACAAGGGUUUAGAAGGGUUUACAGGGGGUUAGAGGGGAUGCCAAGGGGUUACAAUUGGUUACAAGAGGUUCCAGUGGGUUACAAGGGCUUACAAGAGGUUACAGGAGGUUUAAGGGGGUUAAGGAGGGUUACAAAAGAGUUAUAACGGGUUACAAGAGGUUACAGGUGGUUACAAGGGGUUACAAUGGUUUAGAAGGGUUUAGAGGGGGUUAGAGGGGAUGCCAAGGGGUUACAAUGGGUUACAAGAGGUUACAGUUGCUUAGAAGGGCUUAAAAGAGGUUACAGGAGGUUUAAGGCGGUUAAGGGGGGUUACAAAAGAGUUAUAACGGGUUACAAGAGGUUACAAGUGGUUACAAGAGGUUACACGGGUUAGAAUGGGUUGCUUUGAGUUACAGGGGGUUACAAAGGGUUACAAGGGGUUACAGGAGGUAACAGGGGGUUACGAGGGGUUACAGAAGGUUACAGAGGGUUGCAGUGGGUUACAAGAGGGUACAAGGGAUUACAAGGGGUUACAAGGGGUUACAGGGUGUUACAAGGGGUUACAGAGGGUUUCAAGGGGUUGCAAGGGGUUACAGGGGUGAAAAGAGGUGACAGAGGGUUACAAGGGGUUACAGGGGGUGACAAGGGGUUACAAGAGCUUUCAAAGGGUCACAAGAGGUUACAAGGGAUUAUAAGGGGUUACAGGAGGUUACAGGGGGUUACGAGGGGUUACAGAGGGUUAGAGAGGGUUACAGGGGGUUACAAGUGGUUACAAGGGAUUACAAGGGGUUACAAGGGGUUGGAGGGGGUUACAAGGGGUUACAGAGAGUUACAAGGGGUUACAGGGGGUUACAAGGGGUUACAAGAGGUGACAGAGGGUUACAAGGGGUUACAGGGGUGACAAGGGGUUCACAAGGGGUUACAAGGGGUUACAAGUGGUUACAAGGGAUUACAAGGGGUUACAAGGGGUUACAGGGGGUUACAAGGGGUUACAGAGGGUUACAAGGGGUUACAGGGGGUUACAAGGGGUUACAAGAGGUGACAGAGGGCUACAAGUGGUUACAGGGGGUGACAAGGGGUUCACAAGGGGUUACAGGGGGUUACAAGGGGUUACAAUGGGUUAAAUGGGUUUCAAAAGGUUACAGGAUAUUGACGGGAGUUACAAGGGGUUUCAACUGGUUACAAGAGGUUACAGGGGUUUACAAGGGGUUUAUCAGGGGUUAG